UUUCAUACUCUACUUUUCUCUCUCGAUCAUUCUUCCGUGUACUUUUAAACUCUAACCCCACUUCCAAAUCUCACAUAUAUAACCCCGUUUUCCACACCCCACUUUUCUUGACCAUCCAACCUCUACUUCUCUUCCCUUCUCCACCACUCAAAAAAAGAAAAAAAAAAAAAAGAAAAAACAGAGAGAGAACUGUAUAAAAACCACUUUGCAUAUAUAUAUAUAUAUUAAACAUUACAAUUCACAGACAUGAAUCAUAGCCAGCGUAUUGCCUACUAUUUUCUCUUGGCUCUUCUCUCAACUUCUAUCCUUGUUCUCGUUAUAAUCCUCGUCCUCAUACUAAUCUGCAAAAGGAAAGCGGUCACCAAUCAAUCCCAAGACCAAGCCCUACUUCCGGUGAUCAAGGCUUCAGCGACGUCGUUUCCUCUAACCAACAUAGACGCCGCCACAGACGGCUUCAACCGCCGCAGAGUCAUCGGCGAGGGCCGCCUAGGAACUCUAUACGCCGCCGUUUUCGAGAAAGGAGAGCUCGUCGCCGUCAAGCGGAUUCAUCCCAGACUAGUUCUAAGCAAUGCCGGUUUGGGGUUUUCAACGGUGCUUAAAUCUCUCUCCCUGGCUCAACACCCCAACAUAGUACAAAUCAUAGGGUUUUCGGAAGCGCCCGGCGAGAGGAUUGUGGUGUCGGAGUUUGUUGGCACAAUAAGCUUGGAAUUCUAUUUGCACCAAAACCCGGAUGGCGUUUCGCUAUUGGACUGGAGCCGGCGUGUCAGGAUCGCCGCCGGCGCCGCGAGAGGGCUCGAGUACUUGCAUGAGAGUGUGGCGCCACACAUAGUGCAUGGCUGCGUAAAGCCUUCCAAUAUUCUUAUUGAUUUGAAUUUUGGUGCUAGAAUAUGCGAUUUUGGCCUCACUUUUUUGGCGCCAAGAGAGAAAAGAGGUGUAGUUGGGUAUGUGGAUGAUGAGUAUUGGGGUCAGAGAAAUGGAGGGGCUUGUAAAGAGAGUGAUGUUUAUGGAUUUGGUGUCGUUUUGUUGGAGCUUUUGAGUGGGAGAAGAUGUGAAGAAGGGUUGAUUUUAAAGUGGGCUUUGCCUUUGAUUAGGGAAAUGAGGAUUAAUGAAUUUUUAGAUCCUAGACUUGUUAUUCCUUCAGAUGUUAAGCCUCUUGUUAGGUUAGCUAAAGUUGCUUCAGCUUGUGUUGGUAAUUCUCGGAAAAGUAGGCCUUCUAUUGGUCAAGUCGCAACUAUUUUGAGUAGCUUGGAAACUGAGGUUUGUCUUUGAUUUCUUUUAUUUAUUUAUUUUUUUUAGGGGGGUGAAUUUGUUUAUUUAUUGAUCUAAUUUCUCUAGAUGAUCUCAUCGAUCCCACUUACAACCACACUUUCGGCAGGAAUUGUAUAAUGUAUAUCAACAAAAUUUGAGAUAAACUUCACAUAUAUAAAUGUGAUGUCUGAGCAUAUUAGGAUGUUAAACAUUUUCUAUUUGGCGGAAGUAGUAUUUUGGACAUCAAAAGGCAGAUUUUUAACUAAUGAGAUCAUAUAUAAGUAUUAAAAUGAUGAACGAGAAUCGUCAAUAAUACUGAGCACAACUUAUUAAUAGAAAAUAGAUCUUUUAAUAUGAUUCAACACAUGAGAUUCAUCUUUUAUUAAAGUUGGUGUCCCAAACAUUUUUAUAGGAUAUUAAUCAAAUUUAUUUAGAUCAUCCCAUAAAGACUUGUAGCAGAAGAAAUUGGACACUUUUGGGGGUGUUUGACUUUUGACC